UUUGCAACUUGCCUCAUUGUUGGUAUUUUGUGCUGGGGGCGAAAUGCCUCUUAUGUACAGAAAGUGGCGCACUUCCGUCUGUGAUCUGCUACACUGAUGUUCGUAUCGAAGAACGCCAACGAAGUAGUCAAAACUUGUCGCCAGUCCGUUUUGCUGCACGAAUAGCAACUGCUGCGGUCUUGUCUUUCUUCCUAAGGUGCAAACAAUUGGGCGACCUGAGGCCUGGAUGGAACCACGCUGCACCAAUAUCGUACAGCGUCUUGCCGCUCACUUGAAUUGUGGCGAUAAAUGGUAUUCUAUUUUUUUAUAGCAGAAAUGAAAUGUAUAGCUCGGCAGUGAUCUGGAGCUUCACUAGCUCGUUCAUGGCGGAGACAUGCUUAUUUGAGUACGUGUUGUGUAUUUACAACGGCAAAACGCACGACGAGCAUUUUGUCACAUCCUCGAAUAUGGUUGAUUUAAUCGUUCUCAUGAUUCUUCUAACACGAGCUCGUUAUAUGCUGCCAUUGAUGCCAAACUGGGUGCGCUACAAAACCUACACUUACAAUUCUUUAUUAAACUAAAUUUGAUGAACUAAAAUAAAAUCGUACAAACUAUCAGAAAAACAAGUCAAAAGCAUUGAUAAAAAAGAACAUUUAUAUUCAUGCUCUUCUCUUCUACAUUACGCUCCAUUUUAUAGACUAAUCCCUUUCUGUCGGAUUCGCACCGCGCCAUUUUCGCGCGUCCAAGCACUCGCAAACAAUGCCCCUCAAUUGAAGCCGGCGUCAUGCUGGAAUGUCUUGUCCACGAAGCAACACAUAUUUAACUCUCAAUAAGCCCAUUUUACCACUCCCGUCGUCUCAUCACCAUUUUUAUUUUUGCAUUCCGACGUGAGCUUUAAAAUUGUGCCCAUUUUUUAUUCCAGUUACCGGUGGGGUAAACCUGCUGUCGGUUCCCCACCUC